GCGGAAGCACGGUCGCUCAGGAAGCCACGCCCUCCGACGAGGGGCGGCGCCUCCGCCGGAAGCGGUUAGAGCACUAGCAGCUCCAGUAACUACAACAUGAGCGGUACUGCCGCCGCCGCCGCCGCCAGGGCCGAGCAGGCGCCGGCGGAGUCUCCCGCGGAGGCCGAGGCAGAGCGGCGCGUGCGGGCCUUUGCGGAGUCGCAGCGGGCGCGCGGCCGGCGCGUGGCGCUGGUGACGUCGGGCGGGACGCAGGUGCCGCUGGAGGCGCGGGCGGUGCGCUUCCUGGAGAACUUCAGCAGCGGGCGCCGCGGGGCGGCCUCGGCCGAGCGGCUGGUGAGCGCCGGGUACGGCGUCUGCUUCCUGCACCGCGCGCGCUCCGCUUUCCCGUGGGCGCGCUCCCUGCCCCCCCACGGCCCCGCCCUCCUGGACGUACUGCGCGUGCACGGCGACGGGAACGGCGCGCUCGUCUCAGUCGGCGGGGACGGCGCGCUCCCGGGGCUCGUGCCCGCCCUGCUGGCCUACCGCCGGGCCAAAGAGGAGGGCGCGCUCCUGGUCCUUGAGUUCACCAGCCUUGCGGAGUAUCUGGCGCUCCUGCGCGCCGCCGCCCGGGCCCUCGCCCCGCUCGGUUCCAGUGCCAUGUUCUAUUUGGCAGCUGCUGUGUCUGACUUCUACAUCCCUCCUUCAGAAAUGCCUGAACAUAAAAUCCAGUCUUCUGAUGGACCCCUUCAGAUCACAAUGAAGAUGGUGCCGAAGAUGCUGUCUCCUCUGGUUAAGGAAUGGGCUCCCGAAGCAUUUGUGAUCUCAUUCAAGUUGGAAACCGAUCCUUCCAUCCUGAUUGACAAGGCGAGGCAGGCUUUGGAGAAAUAUCGCCACCAGGUGGUGGUUGCCAAUGUGCUUGACUCCCGGAGAACCUCUGUGAUUGUGGUCACCAAGGACUUGGAGAACCAGCUGUCGCUGUCUGACAACGAAGUAGCCCAAGGCAUGGAAAUUGAAGAGAAGAUUGUGAGCCAUCUUGAGUCUCAGCACAGGGCUUUUAUGGAUAAAUGAUCUUUCAGGAGCAAAGGGACUUGUCUGAAUCCUUAGUUCAGAAUACACUUUAAUAAUGGUUAGGAUGAUGUGGUGGUGAUAGAACUGGAAGAUGUUUGUAUUACUGAUAAAUGGAGGCAGCUUCGCCACAAUGAUGUAUAGGAUCAAAAUUCUGAAAUAACUUGACUUUUGUUUUGCACACCUUCACACAAAUUUGCUGCUCGUUGGAGAAAAUAUAUAUAUGUAUAUAAAUAGAAACUUUUCAAAGUCA